CAGUCCAGUGUACUGCUCGCCUGGCAGGACUACAAGGACUACCAGGUCUAUGAGCUGACACCGCGAGAUAGCAGCGAAGAGAGUCUACUGCGAAAGUUGGCCAGGGAGAAGCCGCAAUGGGAUUUUCUUGGUCCCAUUCGCUGGCACAACGAGAGCACGGUUCGGGUCAUGCUGCCCCCCGAGGAAGCCUCCAGUUUGGUCAGUCUCUUCGAAAGCCACCAACUGAGAUAUCGACUGCUGAUCAAGGAUCUGUCUCCACUGGUGCAGGCCCAACGUGCGGAGAAUCUGCGCAGCAAGCAGCGCCUCCAACUGCCCCACAUCGAUGUGCUGGCGGCCUUCUACACCCACGCCGAGAUCAAUGCCUAUCUGGACAGCCUGCCCGAGCGGUAUCCCAAGAGGGCCCAGGUCAAGCAGUUUGGAUGGAGCUACGAGCGUCGUCCCCUCAAAGUGCUGACGAUCAGCAACGGGGAUGGACGUCGAAAUAAGCCGGUGAUCCUCAUCGAUGGCACUGUCCAUGCGCGCGAGUGGAUCUCACCCUCGAUGGCCCUGUACAUUAUCCAGCAGCUUCUAGACAACUAUGAGGAGAAUCAGGGUCUGUUGCAGGACUACGACUGGGUCAUUAUGCCCGUGGUCAAUGCGGAUGGGUACGAGUACACCCACUCGGAGUCGCGCUACUGGCGCAAGACACGGAAGCCCACCACCGAUCCGGAUUGUGUGGGCACGGAUAUCAAUCGAAACUUUGCCCACGAAUGGGGACACGAUGCGGGCUCUUCGUCUGAUCCCUGCGAGGAUAUCUACCGUGGCGAGCGUCCCUUCGAUCAGCCCGAGUCGCAGGUUCUGCGGGAUAUUCUCCUGCAAUACAGCCCGCGUCUCAAGUGGUAUCUGUCGCUCCACUCCUACGGCAACUAUUUCCUUUUGCCCUGGGGAUACACGAACAAUUUACCUGAGAACUAUCAGGACAUGAUGGACGUGGCCGAAGCCGGAGCCUUCGCGAUUGUCCAUUCCACCAACGGCAUCUAUAGUUAUGGCAGCACCUACUAUGUCCUGUAUCCCACCUCGGGCGAUACGGCGGACUACGCACUGGGCGUGGCCAAUGCUACAGUGGCCAUGACCAUGGAGCUGCCUGCCGGCGGAUUCUCCGGCUUCGAUCCCUGGGUCUCGCACAUCGAGGGCCUGGUCACGGAAAGUUGGGUGGGCGUGCGUGCCAUGGCCGCGGAGGUGAUAAGGCGCUACCCAUCAUAGUUUGAAGAUCGUAAAUAAAGAGAUAUUAAAGUCGAA